AUGGCACGGUUAAAGACACGACAGGAUGGUACAAGAAACAUCGUCUAUAAUCAAUCUGUGAUCGUGGACGCAAAACGCGGUGAUCAUAGCAAGCGGCAAGAAGCUCCGUAUCAUCCGAACAAGAUCGGAUGGAAAGCGCAUACAAAUUGUAGAGAUCCUUCCCUAUCUGAGUUUGUACGCCGACUACUAUCAUUCCAGAAGGAUAUGUCUUAG